CUCCGCGAGCGCUCAUUCCUUUGGUUAAUCUGAACGACACAGGACGGAUUAAUUAGCGGUUGCUCUUAACAAAGCGAAAAACUCAAAACUCUACAGAUACAUUGUUCGAGGACAGAAAGUUUAUUCAGUUCAUUCAGUUUAUUCUGUUUAUUCUGUUUAGACCGAGUUUUCACAGUGUGUCUACAAUCCACUUGAUCGUGUCUUCAUCACCGUCUUCUACAGACUUUGGUGGAGGUGUUGAAAAGGUGGAUUUCCCCCUCCCUAUCACCACUGUCAGCAUCUCGACUUCAUCGUUGUUCGCCAGGUGCAUCGAUGUAGAAGAAGCUGGAAAAGUGGAUUUACCCCCAACUACCUUUCCGGUGAACUACUACUGUCCGCUGUGGGCUUUUUAGGAGGACACGCCGAUGUGGUAAUUGUUCCGAACGCUGAAACGUCUGUUCAGUACCCUGGACCGUUAUCCUUAUCAGACGACAUAAGCAGCGUUUGGUUACAAACAGAAGGAGAAGAGGAGAGUGUUGUAGCUGCUGAAAACAACAUAGCAGCAAUGGAUUUUGUUCUUCCAAAUGGUGUGUUGUCUUCUGAGAUUGUUCAGCAUCCUGGACCCUCCUCAGAAGCCAUAAACAGUGUUUGUUUUGAAGAAGAAGGAGGAGACGAGAACGCUGAAAACAUCUCAUCAGGGAAAAAAACAGCAAAAUCCAUUAAAAGAAGAAUUGCAAAAUUUUUCUGUACAAUGGGGAAGAAGAUCAAGAGCCCUUUUGUUCACUGCUUCGGUAGGAACAAAGUGGUAUCUUUCGUACCCUCCCCAGAGCUGAAUCCGGGGAAGGCCAGUGAUGAUCUGGUCAAAUCAGAGAUGAAGUCCAGUUCCGGGAUGAAGGCUGAUGAUGAUAUUUCUCAUCCCGUGGCAAAGGCAGACUAUGAUCUGCUGAAUACUACAAAGCCUGAGGAUGUAUCGUCUGCCCCCCAGCAUUUCACUGGUACUUCUUCCGUCAGUAUUCCUCAGUUUGUCAUCCCGAGGGCAGAUACCAGUCUGCAUAUUGUGGAUUUUAGCGAAGACGAUUCAGUCGAUACUGUGCUGAAUGCUCGCACCAAUCCUGCCAAUCCCAAGCCAAAGAAGCCAACCUCAUCUACUACCGAUGAGGUGCUUGGGGCGAUUGGCUUUACCAGCAGGAUGUACCCAAAAAGCCACGAAUCUGAUGACAAACGGGGUUUCAUUAAUCCAUGUGAACCCAAGGAGAAGACGGACACCAUCCCUGGCAAUCCCAAGCCAAAGAAGCUAACCUCAUCUACUAGCGAUGAGAUGCUUGGGACGAGUGGCUUUACCAGCAGGAUGUACCAAAAAAGCCAUGAAUCUGAUGGCAAACAGGGUUUCAUUAAUCCAUGUGAACCCAAGGAGAAGACGGACACCAACCCUGCGAAUCCCAAGCCAAAGAAGCUAACCUCAUCUACUAGCGAUGAGGUGCUUGGGGCGAUUGGCUUUACCAGCAGGAUGUACCCAAAAAGCCAUGAAUCUGAUGGCAAACAGGGUUUCAUUAAUCCAUGUGAACCCAAGGAGAAGACGGACACCAUCUCUGCCAAUCCCAAGCCAAAGAAGCCAACCUCAUCUACUAGCGAUGAGAUGCUUGGGGCGAUUGGCUUUACCAGCAAGGUGUACCAAGAAAGAGAAGACUCCGAUGGCAAACAGGUCGCCAUAAAGCAAGUUUGGGAAUGGAAACAUAAUCCUUACACUGAUAUUAAGGUUAACAACAAUUCAAAUGAUGCCAAUUUUAAGACUGGCACCAUUCCCAAGACAAAGGGUUUUAUUAAUCCAUAUGAACCCAAGGAGAAGAUGGACGCCAACCCUGCCAAACCCAAGCCAAAGAAGCCAACCUCAUCUACUAGCGAUGAGGUGGUUGGGGCGAUUGGCUUUACCAGCAAGGUGUAUCAAGAAAGAGAAGACUCCGAUGGCAAACAGGUCAACAUCAAGCAAGUUUCAAAAUGGACCCGUAACCCUUGCAUUAAUAUUAAGGCUGACAAUAAUCCAGGCAAUGCCAAAUUAAAGACUGGCACCAUUCCCAAGGCAAAGGCUGGCACCGGUGUUGGCAAUCCAGUUCGAAAACCUAUUGCUAUUCCCUGUGGUAUCAUGGUGAAGGCAGACCCCAAACCUGCCAUCCCCAAAAAGACGGCUGUUUUUCAUGAGCGUGAUAAGAAGGUGAAGGCAGACCCCAAACCUGCCAUCCCCAAAAAGACGGCUGUUUUUCAUGAGCGUGAUAAGAAGGUGAAGGCAGACCCCAAACCUGCCAUCCCCAAAAAGACGGCUGUUUUUCAUAAUCGUGAUAAGAAGGUGAAGGCAGUAACCAAACCUGCCAUUCCAAAGAAGACAGCUGAUACCGAGGUGAAAGCAUAUAGCGAGGAGAUCAAUGCGGCACACAGAACCUUGUGUCAUGAUUAUUGUAUUGAUACAGAUAAUCCGCUUGGUAAAGGUAGCUUUGGCGCUGUGUUUCCGGGGACCAGUAAAGCCGAUGGCAAACCGGUUGCUAUCAAGUUUGUGAAACGAAGGCAACCAAACCGUUACUUUAUCAUGCCUGGAUCUGGAAUGGUUCUCACAGAACUAGUAGUGUUGCACACAUUAAAGGAGGAUCCAAACCCUCAUGUGAUCAAACUUUAUGACAGCUAUGAGGAUCCGGAUUACUUCAUACUCGUCAUGGAGCGGCCUGAUCCUUGCAUGACCUUGAAUGAGUUUAUUAAACUUCAACGAGGUCUGCUGGAAUCAACAGCACGCAUCCUAAUGCGUCAGGCAGUCAUGGCUGUAAAACAUUGCUUUAAGCAUGAGACUUUUCAUACUGACCUCCACGCUGGCAACUUCCUCGUGGAUAAAAACAACAUGCUGCUGAAGCUGAUCGACUUUGGGUGCUGUGACCGAUUAAGAGACACGGCCUAUGCAUAUGAAGAGUAUUUGGGUGAGUUUUUUUUCAUACCAUAGUGUAGUGAAGCAAUCUGCUUGUAGUGACUUAUUGAUCAUGUGACUCUAUCACACAACAACUGUCUUGCUUACAGG